UUUCCGGUGUCUUUAAAUGCUCAGCCAUUAACCUGAGCCCAGCGCUGCUGGUGUUUUUAACUAAAAACGAUAGAACACAUUAUGGCUAUACCUAUUAGUUAGUAAAUAGGGACGUUACUGUGUGUUUAUUGUUUGAGAGACUUCGAAACGAAUAAGUCGUGCUUUGAGUCGGUUCGUGUUCUGUGAUCGGUCUCGGUUCCUCUUAUUUUCUGCCGCAGUCAGAAAUUGUUUCAGUUCUCUCAGAUCGGCUAACUGGAGUCUCCUCCUCCUCCUCCUGCUGCUGCUAGUGAAGGCCAGCUAGCGGGAGCGCUCACAAUUACAAGCCAAACGGCGUAUUUAGUCGAACUGCUCGGCUUCCUAAUGCUUCGUUAGCAAAAUAAGCACGAAUGAUAUUUUUAUGCCCUGUGUAUCGAAUCUGUUGGACCUUGUAGAGCUUGCUCCGGUUGUUCGCGCAGUUAGGCCGUGCGCUUGUACACUAGCUGUUUUUGCUAGAGCCGCUCUCGGCUAGCUAGCCAACUUCUCUCGCGGUCAGAUGAUGCAGCAGCAGUAGGACUUUUUCACCCGAAAUUAAGCCUCGUCUAAAGGCAGUGUGAAGCAGAGAAAGGCUUGAGAGAAAAGCACAUACAGGCUCUUUGUGCCAGGGUUUGCCACCUCCAACACACCAUUUCCUGUGUGCCUUCCUCCUCUACAACAGCCAUGAGCUCGCCGAGAGAAUCACAGGACACAGUGAGCCUGCGUCUGAUCCUUGUGAGUGGUAAGACACAGGACUUCACCUUCUCCCCCAAUGAUUCAGCCACAGACAUUGCUCGUCAUGUCUUUGAAAACUGGCCUGCAGGAUGGGAAGAGGAGCAGGUGAGCAGCCCCAGUAUUCUAAGACUCAUUUUCCAGGGCCGGUUCCUACAUGGCAACGUCACGCUAGGAGCCUUGAAGUUGCCUCCUGGCCGAACAACUGUUAUGCACUUGGUUGCCAGAGAGACACUGCCAGAGCCUAACUCCCAUGGGCAAAGAAACCGGGAGAAGACUACAGAAAGCAGCUGCUGCUUACUGCUGUAAAAAGAAAUUAUAAUAAAAAAAGAAGAGAAAAACCAA